AUGGUUGCUGAGAUUAAAAGAGAAUACAAGUUGAAGGAUUCUUGGAAGGAAACUUGCAGACCAAUCAUUGGAUUAGAUGGAGCUUUUCUGAAAUGGGAUAUAAAAGGGCACUUUUUAGCUGCAGUUGGAAGAGAUGGAGAUAAUAGGAUUGUUCCUAUUGCUUGGGCAAUUGUGGAGAUUGAAAACGAUGACAACUGGGAAUGGUUUGUGAAGCAUCUCUCUUCAAGUUUGGGUCUUCAUACAAUGAAAGACAUAGCUAUCAUUUCAGAUAAACAAAAGGGUCUAGUCAAAGCUAUCCAUGGGGUACUUCCACAUGCUGAGCAUCGACAGUGUGCAAAACACAUCAUGGAUAACUGGAAAAGAGACAAUCAUGAUCAAGAACUACAACGCAUGUUUUGGAGGAUAGCUCGAGCAUACACCACAGGAGAGUUCAUUGAUCGCAUGGAAGAGCUAAAGAAGUACAAUAUGCAAGCUUAUACGUCUCUGCAAGUUACUAAUCCCAAAUCAUGGUCCAGAGCUUUCUUUAGGAUUGGUGCUUGUUGCAAUGACAACCUCAACAAUCUAAGUGAGUCUUUUAAUAGGACUAUUCGACAGGCUAGGAAAAAGCCAUUGUUAGAUUUGCUAGAAGACAUCAUGAGGCAAUGCAUGGUCAGAAAUGCAAAGAGGUUUAUCAUUGCUGACAGACUGAAGACAAGAUUCACAAAGAGAGCUCAUGCUGAGAAUGAAAAGAUGAUAGCUGGGUCUUUGCAGUGCAUCAGAUACAUGGCGAGAAACAACUUGCACGAGAUUGAGGUGAAUGAUGUUACCUACUUUGUCGAUAUGAAUACAAAUACUUGUGGUUGCAAGAAGUGGCAGAUGGUUGGAAUCCCUUGUAUUCAUGCUGCAAGUGUGAUAAUUGAAAAAAAGGAGAAGGUUGAAAACUAUGUCAGUGACUAUUACACAAAGAUAAGGUGGCGAGAAACAUACCGAGAAGGUAUUAGACCUGUAAAAGGGAUGCCAUUGUGGCCAAGGUUGAAUAGGCUGCUUGUCUUGCCACCACCAUGGAGAAGAGGCAAUCCUGGAAGGCCAUCAAAUUAUGUUAGAAGGAAAGGUAAAAACGAAUCUUCCUCUUCUUCAAAUAACAAGAUGUCAAGGGCUAGGAGAAUUAUGACAUGCUCUAACUGCAAAGAAGAAGGGCACAAUAAACAAGCUUGCAAAAAUCCGACUAUCGCGAGUUUACCAAAAAGACCGAGGAUAAAUCAAGAACCCCAAAGAUAA